GUGUCUCUGUGUGUGUAUAGACUUGUAGGCAUGCUGCUGUUAUUAUUAUCUUUAAAAGUCAGGAAAAUAACGGCAUAUUCCUCUCUCUAACCUCUCUCUCUCUCUCUCUCUCUAUCUUUCCUCUCUCUCUCGGUCUCUCUCUCUAACACACUUUUUAGUUAUUUUUUAGGGAGAAAUCCUCUAAACAACUCAAUUGUUCACAACACUUGAAAUUCUUCCCCCAAAAAAAACCCAAAAUCAAUUAUUUUCUCAUAUGCAUUAAUCUGAUUUGAGAAAACCCAUGUAGUAUUCCUAGAUUAUUACCUAGAAAACACAAUUUCUUUAAAAUCCGCUCAAAAAAAAAAAAAAAAAAAAGAGGAAUCUUUGUUGGAAAAUCCGUCCAAUUUUGCUGGGUCUUUCUUUCUCUCUCGUCUGGUUCUUAAACGAACGGUAAGAUGGUGGUGAAGAUAAUGAGGUGGAGGCCAUGGCCGCCUCUUAUUUCAAGGAAACAUGCGGUGAAACUCACGGUGAAGAGGCUUGAGGGUGGGGAUUGGGUGCGGGAGGGUGCAGAGAAGGAUAAUGAAUCCCUUGCGGUGGAGAUCAGGUGGAAGGGACACAAGAUUUCUCUGGGCUCGUUCAGGAGGACGGUGAAAAGGAACUGCACUAGGGAAGAAAUUGUGAAAAGGGCUCAUGGCCCAAACGGCGGCGUUUUGGUUGAGUGGGAUGAAGAGUUUCAGACCGUCUGCAGCUUUUCUGGGUACAAGGACAAUGUGUUUCACCCUUGGGAGAUCAACUUCACUCUCUUGCAUGGCCAGAAUUCAGGGCCGAAGAACAAGAUCUCAGUUGUUGGUACAGCUGCCUUAAACAUUGCUGAAUAUGCUUCCAUGGCUAAAGAGCAAGAAACCGAAAUCAAGAUUCCAUUAACAGUUCCUAAUGUUGCUACUGAACAACGUCCUGUGCUCUGUAUAUCUCUCAGGCUGCUGGAAUUUAUAGCUGCAAGAGAAUUGGCAGAAGGGGCACAAAGUCCGAUAAUGCCAAUUUCGUCGUCUUCUGGAGAAACUGGACCCGCAGAAAAAGAAGAGGUUUCUGCACUUAAAGCUAGUCUGCGGAAAGUAAAAAUAUUUACCGAAUAUGUCUCGGCUCGAAGAGCUAAAAAAGCCUGUCUUGAGGAGAACGGCAGUGAAGGAAGACACUCUGCCAAAAGUGAAGAGGAAGGUGAAUAUGGCUACUCCUUCGAUUCCGAUUCGCUCGAGGAGUUCGAGGAAGGAGAAUCUGACGAAGGAGGGGGCAAGGUGGGCCUCACUGAUAGGAAGUCGUGCAGUUACGGUACAUUGGCUUUUGCAAACUAUGCUGGUGUAUCGAGUUAUUCCAGUUCCAGAAUCAAGAACGAUGAGGAUGAGGAUUGGAUUUAUUACAGCAACCGCCGUAGAUCGGAUGUUGGCUGUGGCGCACAUGUAGAGGAUCUGAGCUCCUCUGUGCCUGAGCAAUUGUUAGCACAGAAUAAUACUAAACGGAGUAUUUUACCUUGGAGGAAGAGGAAGCUGAGUUUCAGAUCUCCUAAAGCUAAAGGCGAGCCUUUGCUUAAAAAGGCGUACGGAGAGGAAGGAGGAGAUGACAUUGACUUUGACCGUAGGCAGCUCAGUUCUGACGAAUCUGUCUCUUUCGGGUGGCAUAAAACCGAUGAAGACUCGAAUGCAAAUCGAUCGUCAGUUUCUGAGUUUGGAGAUGAUAAUUUUGCUGUUGGAAUAUGGGAGCAGAAGGAAAUUACGAGCAGGGACGGGCAAAUGAAGAUUCAUACGCAGGUCUUUUUCGCUUCGAUAGACCAGAGAAGUGAGCGGGCUGCCGGAGAAAGUGCCUGCACCGCCCUUGUGGCGGUGAUUGCUGAUUGGCUGCAGAACAACCCUAACCUAAUGCCAAUCAAAUCACAGUUCGACACCUUAAUCAGAGAUGGCUCGUUAGAAUGGAGAAGCCUAUGCGAGAACGAAACCUACAGAGAGAGAUUCCCAGAUAAGCACUUUGAUCUCGAAACUGUCCUCCAGGCAAAAAUCCGGGAUCUUUGUGUGGCCCCUGCGAAAUCGUUUAUUGGGUUUUUCCAUCCUGAAGGUAUGGAGCAGGGCAAUUUCGACUUUUUGCAUGGGGCUAUGUCGUUCGACAAUAUUUGGGAUGAGAUUGCCUCCUCCGAGUGUCCCACGGAUGGCAAAGAAGAAGCACCUGUUUUUAUUGUGAGUUGGAACGAUCACUUUUUCGUACUCAAGGUCGAAAAAGAUGCUUACUACAUAAUAGAUACCUUGGGUGAAAGAUUGCACGAGGGUUGCAAUCAGGCUUACAUACUUAAAUUCGAUCGAAAUACAGCCAUUUGUAAACUGCCAACUAGUACUAAUCAAACUAAUCAAUCAUUACAAGAAAAGAAACCGGUUGCUGACGUAGAGGAGAAAGAAAACGAGGAGCCAAUCAAGAACGAGGAAGAGGAAGAAGAGGUUGUUUGUCGAGGUAAAGAGUCGUGCAAAGAGUACAUAAAGAGUUUUCUGGCUGCAAUUCCGAUUAGAGAACUUCAGACAGAUAUUAAGAAAGGGUUGACUAAAAAUUCGGCCCCACUUCAUCAUCGGCUGCAGAUUGAGUUUCACUUCACCGAAUUGAAAGAAUCUUUUCCCUCCUGUUCUUUCCCUGCAGUUGUUGAAGCAGUUGAUGUUAGAAUGCCGGAGGUGGUUGCUGCUCUGCCUAUAAUAAAGACAACAACAUAGGAAAAUGGUGGUAACUGUACAUUUUGAGUAGUGUGAUUAUAGCUUUUAACUUUUUUUAGUUUUGCUUCAGAUGAAUGAAUGAAUGGGCAGCAAAAGAGCAUCCGGUUCAUAUUCCUCCAGUUCCUUACUUCUUUUUUUGUGUCUAGUGUUCAGAAAUGUAACCAUCUUUUACUAGGUGUGUGUUUUUUCGGUACACCGUUAUUUCUGAUUUCUAGUUUUCGUUUAGGUUUUUUUUCUGCAUGGAUAAUUUGUUAAUCACAGUGUAUGAUGGAUGACCUCUAUAACGUAACUUUCUGCUAA